AAUAAAUAAAGUGGGUAAGAUCAACCAAAAAAAUAAAAAUAAAAUAAAAGAUGAAAAAUAAAAAAAUGAUUUUGGAAGCAAUGAAUAAUAAUACUAGUAGGAAAGUGAGUUGGGUGAAGAAGAAGAAGGGAAGUUGAGUGAGACACAACACAAGACAAGUAGAAGAAGAAAGUAACAAUUAGGGUUUUCUGAAAUUGAAAUUGAAAUCGAAAAGGGAAAUCAAUGGGUUUAUCUUCAAAUUCAAACGAAUCCAUACAAUUAUGCAUAUUCGAUUUGAGAAGAGGCCAACACGAAGGUCAAGAACUCGAUAAGAUCUUGUUUUUCUUCCCUUCCGGUUUACCUUUCUCCAAACAACUCUCUGUUAUCGGUCUCAGUGAAGGACUCAUCACUUUCACUAGAAUUUUCUCCCCAGAAGCUGCUUGUGACUCCAUCGAAGCUGAAAGACAUUCUCAUGUUUUUCAUGAACCCGAACCCGAUAUUUGGAUGGUCAUGGUGGUGGAGAAAAGCAAUGAUUCAGAACCUAUAUGGAGAGAAGAUGCAUUGAGAAAAGUUCUCAAGGAAAUUCACUCCCUUUUUGUUAUGUUUCAUGGAUCUGUAAGAGCUAUGCUUGAGAAAGAACCUGGUGGAGGACUAGUAAGACGCCAUUUGUAUUCCUUUAUCAUGGAUUAUUUAAGGGAUUUUCUUGUUGGGAAAAAGUUCCUUCUACCUUCAUUCCGUGAUUGCUUAAGGGAACGUGGAACUGCGCAGAUGCUCACAAUAAAUCGCGAGGCUGCAAUUGAAGUUCAGUCGCUUGUCAGGGUGCUCGAAUCUUCUGCUGUAAACACUCCCUGCCACUCUUUGGUUUUAUUUCAAGACCUGUUGGUGUCCACAACACUAUCUCCUGAUGACACUAUAAACUUAUUCACAUAUGCUGUGCUAAGGUUGACUCCGCGUGCUCUAUCUUCUGGAACAAGUUCCUGGUCCUACUUACGGAAAGGAAAUAUUGCAUCGAAUGUUGUCGCCGAGACUAACGUGGCUUCUCAAAACUCCAUGUCUGAAAGUUUUUAUGGAUCAUCUAAUAUAUCCCAUGGUGAUGAUAACAACUAUCAUGUUGUGAGGCCCUUGCAGAGUGACAAGUGGUCCAAGGGAAAAGAUGGUUAUCUCGUCACUGAUUUAUGGGGUGCAGAGGUUGGUACAUGGGUGUUUGCUACUCCAACAGUUUUGCUUCAACAGACAGGAGAGAGAAUGUAUCUUUGUGCUUAUCAGCAUAGGAGCCUUACUUUGAUGCUUCUUAUUCCCAUAUCCUCCAUACCUAAUGGGGAGCAAGGUGUGUCGGCAGUGAAGCAACAAGUUCUUGAAAAUGCAUCACUUAAGAUAUUGAAAAUUGAAGAAAAACUAUCCAAAGGAUGGGGUGGUGAGAACGCAUAUCAUGUCAGUGGGUACCGCUAUUUAUUAGUGGACGGCGAUAGAAGUGCAUCCAGGGCUUCUCCAGCAACAAAAGUUACAACUUUAGCUAAGGAGUCCUUACUUGCUAUGAAUAAGCUUAGGCAGGAGGUUGAGUUGGAGAAGAGUCGAGCAAAACUAGAGGACCAUUGUUGUGAGAAAGAUCUAGAGGUUUGCAUAAGAGCAAAAAAUAAUGCCUGGGUUAUUUCUCGAGUUACAAGAGGGAAGGAGCUUUACAUGGUUCUAGAGAAAGCCAAUGAAACCCUUCUAUAUGCCUCAGAUGCUGUUGAGAAGUUUAGUAACAGGUAUUGCGAUGGAACUUUUUCACUGGAUUGAGAAAACGCAGUAUGUGAGGAAGGAAUAGGAAGCUUACCGGUUUUCAGACCUUUUUUUCCUCAAUAAGGUUGAAAAGUUUUCCAUUUAUUGAAUUUUCUGACCUGUAAAUUUUUAGAAAGGAAGACAGAAAUCUACUGUGUGUACAUCUUUCUGUAUAUUAAGUGUAAUUUUUACUUAUUCAAUGCUGCCAAAUCAAACGGUUAUCAAUAAAAAAUGUGAAAUUUAGAUUUGAGAGUAA